UGUCUUCCAGAGUUGCCUGGGACAGCAAGAGGUUCCUGGUUGUUAACACCAUGGGUAGAUAUUUGGCCAUGCUUUUACACCUACUUCUUCUCCAGCAUUUUGGAAACACUGAAGGAACCCAAAGAACUGAACAGACUCCUGAAAUAAUCCAGUUUACACAAUUUCAGUACAAUGUCACCAUAUAUGAAAACUCUGCAGCCAAGACUUAUGUUGGGCAUCCCGUAAAAAUGGGCGUUUAUCUCACAAAUCCCUCAUGGGAAUUACGGUACAAAAUUAUUUCAGGGGACAAUGAGAACCUGUUUAAAGCUGAAGAGCAUAUUCUUGGGGAUUUUUGCUUUCUAAGAAUAAGGACCAAAGGAGGUAAUACAGCUAUUCUUAACAGAGAAGUUAAAGAUCAUUAUACAUUGAUUGUGAAAGCAGUAGAAAAAAAUACCAAUGCUGAAGCCCGCACCAAAGUCAGGGUUCAAGUACUGGAUACAAAUGACUUAAGACCUUUGUUUUCUCCAACGUCCUAUAGUGUUUCUCUUCCUGAAAAUACAAUCAUCAGGACCAGUAUUGCAAGAGUCAGUGCCACAGAUGCUGAUAUAGGAACCAAUGGAGAAUUUUACUACAGUUUCAAAGAAAGAACAGAUAUGUUUGCUAUUCACCCAACUAGUGGUGUGGUUGUUUUAACUGGCAGGCUUGACUAUGCAGAGACUAAACUGUAUGAGAUGGAAAUCCUUGCCGUGGACCGUGGAAUGAAAUUGUACGGCAGUAGUGGUAUCAGUAGCAUGGCGCGACUGACUGUUCAUGUAGAACAGGCCAAUGAGUAUGCCCCUGUGAUAACAGCAGUGACACUUUCCCCAUCAGAACAGGAGAAGGAUCCUACUUACGCGAUUGUGACAGUGGAGGACAAUGACCAAGGUCCCAAUGGGGAAAUAGCUUCCUUAAGCAUUGUGGCAGGAGACCCCCUUCAGCAAUUCCGAACAGUGAGAUCUUUUCCAGGAAGUAAGGAAUAUAAAAUCAAAACUACUGGUAAUGUGGACUGGGAGAGCCAUCCCUUUGGGUACAAUCUCACCCUCCAGGCUAAAGAUAAAGGAAAUCCUCCACAGUUCUCAUCCGUAAAAGUCAUUCAUUUGGCAUCUCCACGGUUCAAGGCAGGGCCAGUCCAGUUCGAAAAGAAUAUUUAUAGAGUGGAAAUCAGUGAAUUUGCCCCUCCCAACACUCCUCUGGUCAUGGUAAAAGCCAUACCUCAUUAUCCACACUUAAAGUACAUUUUUAAAAAUACUUCUGGCAAAGGAAAGUUCCAUAUAAAUCCCAAUACAGGUCUCAUUACAAUUUUAGAACCAAUCAGGACUCAGCAAGCACCACAUUUUGAACUUGAAGUCACAACCACUGACAGGAAAACCUCCACCAAAGUCCUGGUGAAAGUCCUAAGCACGAACAGCAACCCCCCUGAAUUUACUCAGACAUCCUACAAAACAUCCUUUGAUGAAAACGUACCAAUAGGGACAAGCAUCAUGAGUGUGAGUGCCGUCGACCCCGAUGAGGGUGAGAAUGGCUAUGUCACCUACAGCAUUGCCAACCUAAAUCAUGUGCCAUUUGUCAUUGACCAUUUCACAGGUGCUGUGAGCACUUCAGAGGAUUUAGAUUACGAACUGAUGCCCCGAGUUUACACACUGAGGGUAAGAGCGUCAGACUGGGGCUUGCCUUAUCGGAGAGAAGUUGAAGCCCUCGUCACACUCACUCUAAACAACCUGAAUGACAACACCCCGUUGUUUGAGAAAAUAAAUUGUGAGGGAACAAUCCCUAGGGACCUGGGUGUGGGGGAACAAAUAACUACAGUUUCUGCAAUUGAUGCCGAUGAGCUUCAGUUGGUAAGAUACCAGAUUGAAGCUGGAAAUGAACUUGAUUUAUUUAGUUUAAACCCCAGCUCUGGGGUCCUUUCGCUGAAGCACUCUCUAGUCGAGGGUUUAGGGGCCAAGGUGUCUUUCCAUAGUCUGAGAAUAACGGCUACAGAUGGAGAAAAUUUUGCAACCCCCUUGUACAUCAAUAUCACUGUGGCUGCCAGUCGCAAACCCGUGAAUUUGCAUUGUCAAGAGACCGGUGUGGCCAAAAUGCUGGCCGAGAAACUUCUGCAGGCCAACAGAUUACACAACCGAGGAGAAGUUGAAGAUAUUUUCUUUGACACUCAUUCCAUCAAUGCUCAUGCACCACAGUUUGGAAUUAGUUUUCCCACUAGUAUUGAGGUAAAAGAAAAUUACCCUGUAGGUUCCAACAUCAUACUCCUGAACGCUACUGAUUCUGACAGUGGUUUUAAUGGUAAACUGGUCUAUGCUAUUUCUGGGGGGAAUGAUGAUAGCUGUUUUAUUAUCGAUUUGGAAACAGGGAUGCUAAAAGUUUUAUCACCCCUUGACCGAGAGACAACAGACAAAUAUACCCUGAAUAUUACUGUCUACGACCUUGGGAUACCACAGAAAGCUGCUUGGCGGCUUCUAGACAUCAGAGUUUUGGAUGCCAAUGAUAAUAAACCAGAGUUUUUACAAGAUAACUAUUUUGUCGAGGUGAGUGAAGACAGGGAGCUGUAUAGUGAAAUCAUCCAGAUUGAAGCCAUAGAUAAAGACCUAGGACUGAAUGGAGAAGUGAAAUAUUACCUGCUUACGGACACAGACAGAUUUUCAAUUGACAGUGAGACGGGUAUUGUUAAAGUUGUGGGGCCUUUGGAUAGGGAAAUACAGCAUGUCCAUUUCUUAAAGAUUGAAGCCAGGGAUCAAGCUAAAGCGGAACCUCAGUUAUUUUCUACUGUGCUUUUGAAAGUAUCGUUAGAAGAUGUGAAUGACAACCCCCCUAGAUUUAUUCCAUCUAAUUACCUUGUGAAAGUUCGAGAGGAUCUCCCAGAAGGAACUAUCAUCAUGUGGCUAGAGGCCUACGAUCCUGACUUUGGUCAGUCAAGUCAAGUGAGAUACAGCCUGAUUGACAAUGGAGAUGGAAACUUUGAUGUUGACAAACUUAGUGGAGCGAUUCGUAUCGUACAGCAGCUGGACUUUGAGAAGAAGCAAGUUUAUAAUCUGACCAUCAGGGCCAAAGACAAAGGAAAACCAGUUUCCCUUUCUUCCACUUGUUACGUGGAAGUCGAGGUCAUUGAUGUUAAUGAGAACUUACAUCCACCGCUGUUUUCUAGCUUUGUGGAUAAAGGCUUAGUGAAAGAGGACGUGCCUAUUGGUACAUCAGUGAUGACAGUGUCUGCCCAUGAUGAGGAUGCAGGACGGGAUGGGGAAAUUCGUUACUCCAUAAGAGAUGGCUCCGGUGUUGGCAUUUUCAAAAUAGAUGAAGAGAAAGGUGUCAUAGAGACUGCCGAAAAGUUGGACCGUGAGACUGUCUCCCAUUACUGGCUAACAGUCUUUGCAACAGACCAGGGUGUUGUACCUCUUUCAUCAUUCACCGAGAUCUAUAUCGAAGUCGAGGAUGUUAAUGACAAUGCACCCCAGACAUCGGAGCCGGUUUAUUAUCCAGAAGUCAUGGAAAAUUCGCCCAAGGAUGUAUCUGUUGUGCAGAUUGAGGCUUUUGAUCCAGAUUCUAGCUCCAGUGACAAGCUGACCUACAAAAUAACGAGUGGAAAUCCACAAGGCUUUUUUUCAAUACAUCCCAAAACAGGUCUCAUCACAACCACAUCAAGAAAACUAGAUCGAGAACAACAAGACGAACACAUACUAGAAGUGACAGUGACAGAUGAUGGUAGUCCUCCAAAGUCAACCAUUGCAAGAGUGAUCGUGAAAAUCCUCGAUGAGAAUGACAACAAGCCUCAGUUCUUACAGAAAUUCUACAAAAUCCGACUCCCAGAACGUGAUAAACCAGAGCGUGAGAGAAGUGCCAGACGGGAACCCAUCUAUCGGGUUAUAGCUACUGACAAAGAUGAAGGCCCCAAUGCAGAAAUUUCCUAUAGCAUUGAAGAUGGAGAUGAGCAUGGCAAAUUCUUUAUUGAACCAAAAACUGGAGUUGUUUCUUCUAAGAAAUUUUCAGGAGCACGAGAAUAUGAUAUUCUUUCAAUUAAAGCUGUUGAUAAUGGUCGCCCUCAAAAGUCAUCAACUGCCCGGCUUCACAUUGAAUGGAUCUCCAAGCCCAAGCCAUCACCUGAGCCAAUUUCCUUUGAAGAACCUUAUUUUUCUUUCACUGUAAUGGAGAGUGAUCCAGUUGCUCACAUGAUUGGGGUGAUUUCUGUUGAACCCCUUGGCACACCCCUUUGGUUUGACAUCAUUGGUGGCAACUACGACAGCCGAUUUGAUGUGGACAAGGGCACUGGCACCAUCAUUGUUGCCAGGCCUCUUGACGCAGAACAAAAAUCAAGCUACAACCUGACAGUGGAGGCAACGGAUGGAACCACAGCCAUCGUCACCCAGGUGCUCAUCAAAGUGAUAGAUACAAAUGACCACCGCCCUCAGUUUUCUAAGUCGAAAUAUGAAGUCCUCAUUCCAGAAGACACAGUACCUGACACAGAGAUUUUGCAAAUCAGUGCUACAGACAAGGAUGAAAAAAACAAAUUGAUCUAUACUUUGCAGAGUAGUACUGACCCCCUGAGCCUCAAGAAAUUCCGCCUUGAUCCCGCAACUGGCUCACUUUAUACCACAGACAAGCUCGAUCACGAGGCUGCUCACCAGCACAUCCUUACUGUGAUGGUGCGAGACCAAGAUGUGCCCGUCAAGCGCAGCUUUGCCAGAGUGAUCGUCAACGUCAGUGACAUGAAUGACCAUGCCCCUUGGUUCACCAGCUCCUCCUAUCAAGGGCGGGUUUAUGAGUCAGCGGCGGUGGGAUCUGUUGUAUUACAGGUUACAGCCCUAGACAAGGAUAAAGGAGAAAAUGCCGAAGUUUUGUAUUCUAUUGAAUCAGGUAACAUUGGGAAUUCCUUUACUAUCGAUCCUAUCUUAGGUUCUAUAAAGACUGCCAAAGAGCUUGACCAGAGUAACCAAGGAGAAUAUGAUUUGAUGGUGAAAGCUACAGACAAAGGGCAUCCUCCAAUGAGUGAAAUGACUUCUGUGCACAUCUUUGUCACCAUCUCUGAUAAUGCCAUCCCCAGGUUUACCUCUAAAGAAUACUCUGCUGAAAUCAGUGAAACUGCUUCCAUUGGUAGCUUUAUUGGGAUAGUCAGUGCACACAGUCAGUCAUCUGUAGUGUAUGAAAUAAAAGAUGGAAACAUAGGUGAUGCAUUUGAUAUCAACCCUAACUCAGGAGUUAUCAUCACUCAAAAAGCUCUGGAUUUCGAAACUCUUCCCUUAUACACCCUGAUAGUGCAAGGAACGAACAUGGCUGGUUUGUCUGCUAAUACAACAGUUUGGGUGCAUCUUCAGGAUGAAAACGACAAUGUGCCCGUCUUUAUGCAGGCAGAAUACACAGGACUCAUCAGUGAAUCAGCUUCGAUCAAUAGUGUGAUCUUAACAGACAAAAAUGUCCCAUUAGUCAUUCGAGCUACGGAUGCUGAUAAGGAAUCAAACGCUUUGCUUGUUUAUCAGAUUGUUGAGGCUUCUGCCCACAGAUAUUUUGCCAUUGACUCAAGCACUGGUGCCAUUCGAACUGUACUCAGUUUGGAUUACGAGGAAGCGCGCAUUUUCCAAUUUACUGUGCAAGUCCAUGACAUGGGAACCCCACGUUUAUUUGCAGAGUAUGCAGCCAAUGUGACGAUACAUGUAAUUGACAUUAAUGAUUGCCCUCCUGUAUUCUCCAAAACGUUAUAUGAAACAUCUGUUUUGGUGCCAACAUACAAAGGAGUAAAAGUCAUCACGGUAAAUGCUACAGAUGCUGAUUCAGUUGCUUUCUCGCAGUUAAUGUAUUCCAUUCCUGAAGGCAAUAUUGGUGAAAAGUUUCUAAUCGAUCCUAAGACUGGUACCAUAACCAUCCAAAACACCACCCAGUUAAGGAGCAGAUACGAGUUGACUGUCAGGGCUUCUGAUGGCAGGUUUACAAGCCACACCUCUGUAAAAAUCAAUGUGAAAGAAAGCAGGGAAAGUCAGCUAAAGUUUACCCAGAACUCCUACUCUGCAACAGUGAAGGAGAAUUCCACAGAGGCCAGAACCAUCGCUGUUAUUACUGCCAUUGGGAAUCAAAUAAAUAAGCCUUUGUUUUAUCAUAUCCUCAACCCCGACAGCAGAUUUAAAAUAAGCCACACGUCAGGCGUGCUCUCAACCACAGGCAUACCAUUUGAUCGUGAGCAGCAAGAGGCUUUUGAUGUGGUUGUAGAAGUGACAGAAGAACAUAAGCCCUCAGUGGUGGCACACGUCGUGGUAAAAGUCAUCAUAGAAGACCAAAAUGAUAACGCGCCAGUGUUUGUCAACCUUCCUUAUUAUGCUGUUGUCAAAGUCGAUGCUGAGGUGGGCCAUGUCAUCCGCUGUGUGACUGCUGUCGACAAAGAUAUCGGUAGAAAUGGGGAAGUGCACUAUUACCUUAAGGAACAUCAUGAGCACUUCCAAAUUGGGCCUUCCGGUGAAAUCUCCUUGAAAAAGAAAUUUGAGCCAGAUACCUUAAAUAAGGAAUAUCUCAUUACCAUAGUGGCCAAAGACGGCGGUGACCCAGCUUUCUCUGCUGAAGUCAUCGUGCCAAUUACAGUUAUGAACAAAGCCAUGCCUGUUUUUGAAAAGGCUUUCUAUAGUGCUGAGAUCCCUGAGAAUAUCCAGUUGCAUAGCCCAGUUGUCCAUGUGCAAGCCAACAGCCCAGAAGGGCUUAAGGUCUUUUACAGCAUUACAGAUGGAGAUCCGUUUAGCCAGUUUACUAUCAACUUUAAUACUGGAGUUAUAAAUGUCAUAGCGCCUUUGGAUUUUGAAUCUCACCCUGCGUAUAAAUUAAGCAUCCGAGCGACCGACUCCUUGACUGGAGUUCACGCUGAGGUGUUUGUCGACAUAAUAGUUGAGGAUGUCAACGAUAACCCUCCUGUCUUUGCCCAGCAGUCAUAUACCACAACCCUGUCUGAGGCAGCCGUGAUUGGAAUGUCUGUUGUUCAAGUUCAGGCUACGGAUUCAGAUUCUGCACCCAACAGGGGGAUUUCUUAUCAUUUGUUUGGGAACCAUAGCAAGAGUCCUGACCAUUUCCACAUAGAUAGUAGCAGCGGCCUCAUUUCAUUGGUGAGAACCCUAGACUAUGAAGAGACCCAGCAGCAUAAGCUGCUGGUAAGGGCUGUUGAUAGUGGCAUGCCCCCACUGAGUAGUGACGUGAUCGUGACAGUGGAUGUCACUGACCUCAAUGAUAAUCCGCCAUUAUUUGACCAGCUCCUCUAUGAAGCUAAAAUAAGUGAGCAGGCCCCCCAUGGACAUUUUGUGACCUGUGUAAAAGCCCAUGAUGCAGAUAGUUCAGACAUUGACAAGCUAGAAUACUCCAUUCUGUCAGGUAAUGAGCAUAAGAAUUUUGCAAUUGACAGCAAGACAGGCAUAAUCACCCUUUCAAACCUGCGCCGACAGAUGUUAAAGCCAUUUUACAAUAUUAAUGUUUCUGUGUCUGAUGGAGUCUUCAGGAGUUCAGCCCAUGUUGAGAUUAUUGUAAUCCAAGCCAAUUUACAUAGCCCCAUUUUCAUGCAAAAUGAAUAUGAAGUAGAACUGGCUGAAAAUGCCCCUUUGCAGACCCUGGUGAUUGAAGUCAAAGCAACUGAUGAGGAUUCUGGAAUUUAUGGCCAAAUUACUUACCACAUUGUAAAUGACUUUGCCAAAGACAGAUUUUACACAAAUGAGAGAGGACAGAUAUUUACCUCUGAAAAGCUUGACCGCGAAACUGCAGGAGAAAAGGUUAUUGCAAUUCGACUGAUGGCCAAGGAUACUGGAGGAAAGGUUGCAUUCUGCACCGUCAAUGUGAUCCUUACAGAUGAUAAUGAUAACGCUCCUCAAUUCCGAGCAACCAAGUAUAAAGUGAACAUUGGCUCUGAUGCCCCAAAAGGCACAUCUGUCAUAAAAGUGCUUGCAUCAGAUGCUGAUGAGGGAUCCAAUGCAGACAUCACAUACUCCAUAGAAGCAGAUUCUGAAAGUGUCCAGGAAAAUUUGGAAAUCAAUAAACUAUUUGGAAUAAUUACAACAAAAGAAAGUCUGGUUGGCUUAGAAAAUGAAGUUUUCACUUUCUUUGUGAGAGCAGUGGAUGGUGGGUCUCCCCCAAAAGAAUCUGUUGUUCCAGUUUACGUGAAAAUCCUCCCACCAGAAACCCCCCUUCCCAAAUUUUCAGAGCCUUUUUAUACCUAUACGGUCUCAGAAGACCUGCCUAUUGGAACUGAAAUAGAUAUUAUCAGAGUAGAUUAUAGUCAGCCUGUGUUAUAUAGCUUAACCAAAGGGAAUACCCCUGAGAGCAAUGGGGGUGAGUUCUUUGUCAUUGACAAACACAGUGGGAAAUUGAAACUAGAGAAGAGUCUUGAUCAUGAGACUACAAAAUGGUACCAGUUUUCAGUGGUAGCCCAAAGCACCCAUGAAGACUCUGAAGUUCUGUCUUCUGUAGACAUCAGCCUUCAGGUGAAAGAUGCUAAUGAUAACAGUCCAGUGUUAGAGUCCAAUCCAUAUGAAGCAUUUAUUGUUGAAAACCUACCAGGGGGAAGUAAAGUCAUCCAAGUCAAGGCGACUGAUCUUGAUUCAGGAACCAACGGCCAAGUCCUGUAUAGUUUAGAUCAGUCACAAGGCUUGGAUGUCAUUGAAUCUUUUGCUAUAGAUAUGGAAACUGGAUGGAUUACAACUCUUAAAGAACUUGAUCAUGAAAAGAGAGACAAAUACCGCAUCACAGUGGUUGCAUCUGAUUAUGGGGAGAAGGCUCAGCUGUCUUCCACAGCAGUUGUGGAGGUCUCUGUAACUGAUGUGAAUGACAACCCUCCACGCUUCACUGCAGAGAUUUACAAAGGGACCGUGAGUGAAGAUGACCCACCUGGGGGUGUAAUUGCUAUACUGAGCACCACGGAUGCUGAUACUGAAGAGAUUAAUAGACAAGUGACUUACUAUAUAACAGGAGGAGAUCCAUUAGGACAGUUUGCAGUUGAAAAUAUACAAAAUGAAUGGAAAGUCUAUGUGAAGAAACCUCUAGAUAGGGAAAAAAAAGACAGCUACCUUCUUACCAUCACCGCAACAGAUGGCACUUUUUCUUCAAAAGCCAUAGUGGAAGUGAAAGUUCUUGAUGCAAAUGACAACAGCCCUAUUUGUGAAAAGAGUGCCUAUUCAGACACGAUUCCUGAAGAUACUCUUCCUGGGAAACUGAUCAUGCAGGUCUCUGCUAUAGAUGCAGAUAUCCGCUCCAAUGCUGAAAUUACUUACACGUUGUCUGGUCCUGGUGCAGAAAAAUUCAAACUAAAUGCAGAUACAGGUGAAUUGAGAACAUUUGCUCCCCUGGAUCGCGAGCAGCAAGCAGUUUAUGAUCUUUUAGUCAAGGCUACAGAUGGAGGAGGGCGAUUCUGCCGGAUGAGUGUUGUCUUCACGUUGGAAGAUGUCAAUGAUAAUGCCCCAGAAUUCUCAGCUGAGCCUUACACCAUUACGGUGUUUGAAAACACUGAACCCAAGACACCAUUGACGAGAGUUCAGGCCACUGAUGCAGAUGCAGGAUUAAAUCACAAGAUUUCCUACUCAUUGGUGAACUCUGCAGAUGGGCAGUUCUCUAUCGAUGAAUCAUCUGGAAUCAUCCGAUUGGAGAAGCCUUUGGACCGGGAGUUACAGGCUGUGUACAAUCUGAUUUUGAAAGCUGUAGAUCAGGGUGUGCCGAGGAGGCUGACUGCUACCGGCACUGUUGUCGUAUCUGUUCUGGAUAUAAAUGAUAACCCACCUGUGUUCGAAUAUCGUGAGUACGGAGCCACGGUGCCCGAGGACAUCCUCGUUGGCACGGAGGUUCUGCAGGUGUAUGCGGCCAGCCGGGAUAUUGAAGCCAAUGCAGAGAUCACUUACGCAAUCAUCAGCGGCAAUGAGCAUGGGAAAUUCAGCAUCGAUUCUACAACAGGAGCUAUAUUUAUUAUUGACAACUUGGAUUAUGAAAGUUCUCAUGAAUAUUACCUGACCAUCGAAGCCACUGAUGGAGGCACGCCUUCUCUGAGCGAUGUCACAACAGUGAAUGUUAAUGUCACAGAUGUCAACGAUAACGCCCCAGUGUUCAGCCAGGACACCUAUACCGCAGUGAUCAGCGAAGAUGCCGUUCUUGAACAGUCUGUUGUUACUGUUAUGGCAGAUGAUGCUGACGGACCUUCAAACAGUCACAUUCACUAUUCAAUCAUAGACGGCAACCAGGGGAACCCAUUUACGAUUGAUCCUGUAAAAGGAGAAAUAAAAGUGACUCAACUCCUAGAUCGAGAAAUGAUUUCAGGUUACACACUCAGAAUUCAAGCAGCUGAUAAUGGCAGCCCACCCAGAGUCAACACAACCACUGUGAAUAUCGACGUAUCUGAUGUUAAUGACAAUCCUCCGGUUUUCUCAAAGGGCAACUAUAGCAUAAUCAUGCAGGAAAACAAACCUGUGGGUGUCAGCGUCUUGCAGUUGGUGGUGACUGACAAGGAUUCUUCCCAUAAUGGCCCACCUUUUUUCUUUUCUAUCGUGAGUGGAAAUGAAGAGAAAGCAUUUGAUGUUAACCAAGAAGGAGUCCUUAUAACUUCAACGGCCAUAAAGAGAAAAGUAAAGGAUCAUUACUUCCUUCAUGUCAAGGUGGCAGACAAUGGAAAACCUCAGUUGUCUUCUUUGGCAUAUAUCGACAUUAGGGUUAUUGAGGAAAGCAUCUAUCCCCCUGCCAUUUUGCCGCUGGAGAUUUUCAUUACCACCUUUGGGGAAGAAUAUUCAGGUGGUGUCAUUGGGAAGAUCCAUGCAACAGACCAAGAUGUCUACGACACCUUAACAUACAGUCUUGAUCCCAAAAUGGACAACCUUUUCUCCGUCUCCAGCACAGGUGGUAAACUGAUAGCCCACAAAAAGCUAGACAUGGGACAAUACCUCCUUAACGUCUCGGUGACUGACGGAAAAUUCACUACCAUGGCCGACAUCAUGGUGCACAUCAGGCAGAUCACACAAGAAAUGCUCAACCAUACCAUCGCCAUUCGCUUUGCCAACCUCACCCCUGAAGAGUUUGUUGGAGACUAUUGGCGUAACUUCCAGAGGGCUUUGCGGAAUAUCCUGGGUGUGCGGAGAAAUGACAUACAGGUGGUGAGUUUGCAGCCCUCGGAGCCUCAGUCAAACCUGGAUGUUUUACUGCUUGUUGAGAAAUCUGGUAGUGCCCACGUCUCAAUGAAAGUUCUCCUGCACAAGAUUAACUCAUCUGUGGCUGACAUUGAAGAAAUCAUUGGAGUGAGGAUCUUGGAAGUGUUCCACAAGCAGUGUGCAGGUCUGGACUGUCCAUCAAAAUUCUGUGAUGAAAAGGUGAUUCUGGAUGAUAAUGUCAUGUCAACCCACAGCACUGCCAGGCUGAGCUUUGUCAGUCCCCGUCACCACCGAGCAGCUGUGUGUCUUUGUAGAGAAGGAAAAUGCCCAUUGGUUGAUCAUGGAUGUGAAAGCAAUCCAUGUCCUGAAGGUACUGAAUGUAUCGCUGAUCCAGAAGAGGAAAAGUAUACGUGUGUGUGCCCAGGUGGCAAAUUUGGCCAGUGUCCAGUUGGUUCGUCAGUAACGUUUACUGGGAACAGUUUUGUCAAAUACCGACUGAUGGAAAAUGAAAACAAAUUGGAAAUGAAGCUCACCAUGAGGCUCCGGACUUAUUCCACUCAUGCAGUUGUUAUGUAUGCUCGGGGAACAGACUACAGUAUUUUAGAGAUUCACAAUGGGAGACUUCAGUACAAAUUUGACUGUGGAAGCGGGCCUGGAAUCGUCUCUGUUCAAAGCAUUCAAAUUAACGAUGGGCAGUGGCAUUCUGUGUCCCUUGAAGUGGACGGGAACUAUGCCCGGCUUGUUCUAGACAGGGUACACACAGCAUCAGGAAAAGCUCCAGGCACACUGAAGACGCUGAACCUGGAUAAUCACGUGUUUUUUGGAGGCCACAUUCGUCAGCAAGACACAAGGCCCGGUAGAAGCCCUCAAGUCAGCAAUGGUUUCAGAGGCUGUAUGGACUCAAUUUAUUUGAAUGGUCAAGAACUUCCUUUAACCAGCAAACCAAGAAGUUACGCCCACAUCGAGGAAUAUGUCGAUGUGUCACCUGGAUGUUUGUUGAUGGCCAUAGAAGAUUGCUCCAGUAGUCCCUGUCAGAAUGGAGGCAUUUGUAACCCCUCACCUAGCGGAGGUUAUUAUUGCAAAUGCAGUGCCUUGUACAUGGGUACACAUUGUGACAUCAGUGUGAACCCGUGUGCCUCCAAUCCUUGCCUCUACGGUGGGACUUGUAUUAGAGACAAUGGUGACUUUGUCUGCCAGUGCAGAGGCCUGUACACUGGACAGAGGUGUCAGCUGAGUCCAUAUUGUAAAGAUGAGCCAUGUAAAAAUGGUGGGACCUGCUUUGACAGCUUGGAUGGUGCUAUUUGUCAAUGCGAAGCUGGUUUUCAUGGAGAAAGGUGUCAAAGCGAUAUCGAUGAAUGUGCCGUUAAUCCUUGCCGCAAUGGGGCUCCUUGUGAGAAUACCCAUGGCUCCUAUCGCUGUAACUGUAGCCUUGACUAUCAAGGAAAACACUGUGAAGACUCACUUCCCAAUAAGUAUGUAUCUACCCCAUGGAAUAUUGGAUUAGCCGAAGGAAUAGGAAUCAUUGUGUUCAUCAUAGGCAUAUUCCUACUAGUAGUGAUAUUUGUCGUCUGCCGCAAAAUGAUUCAUAAAAAGAAGAAGCACCAAGCAGAACCUGAGGACAAACAUUUGGGGCCCACGACAGCUUUCUUACAAAGGCCAUAUUUUGAUUCAAAACUCAAUAAGAGCAUUUACUCAGAUGUACCGCCUCAGGUGCCUGUCCGCCCCAUUUCUUACACUCCAAGCAUUCCAAGUGAUUCCAGGAACAAUCUUGACCGAAAUUCCUUUGAAGGGUCUGCCAUUCCAGAACAUCCCGAGUUUAGUACCUUCAACCCAGAUUCUAUGCAUGGACACCGAAAAGCCGUGGCCGUCUGCAGCGUCGCACCCAAUUUGCCUCCCCCACCUCCUUCAAACUCUCCUUCUGACAGUGACUCGAUUCAGAAACCCAACUGGGAUUUCGACUAUGAUACCAAAGUGGUCGAGCUUGAACCCUGUAUUUCAAAGAAGCCUCUAGAGGAAAAAGUGUCGCAUCCUUACAGUGCUCGAGAAAGCCUUUCAGAAGUUCAGUCUCUCAGCUCUUUCCAGUCGGAGUCAUGUGAUGAUAAUGAAUCUUUCGCUGCACCUGACCUCACCAAAUCAAAAGGUUAUCACUGGGAUACUUCUGAUUGGAUGCCAAGUGUUCCGCUGCCAGAUAUACAGGAAUUUCCCAACUAUGAGGUCAUUGAUGAGCAAACCCCCCUCUACACAGACCCAAGUGCAAUCGAUACAGACUAUUACCCAGGAGGUUAUGACAUUGAAAGUGACUUCCCACCACCUCCGGAAGAUUUCCCUGCCCCCGAUGAACUCCCGCCAUUGCCACCAGAAUUCAGUGAUCAGUUUGAAUCAAUACAACCCCCCAAAGACAUGCCUGCUACAGUACGUAGCUUGGGCUCUUCCACAAAAAGUCGGCAGAGGUUCAAUUUCAACCAGUUUCUCCCCAAUUUUUAUCCUGUAGAUAUGUCUGAACCUCAAAAGACAACAAUUGGAGAGAACAGUAGUGGUAGAGAACCCUUCACCCCUUACCCUUCAGGGUAUAACAGAGACUUUGAAGCACCCACUGUAGACAACAUGUCCAUGUCUGUGUACGCUUCAACGGCUUCAUGCUCCGAUGUGUCAGCAUGCUGCGAAAUGGAGUCGGAGGUCAUGAUGAGUGACUAUGAGAGUGGGGAGGAUGGCCACUUUGAAGAUGUGACCAUUCCUCCACUGGAUACACAACAGCAUACAGAAGUCUGACACUCAAAUUCUAGGGGAAAAAAAGUGCCUGGACUUUCAAGAACUUAUAUUCUAGACUGAUAUCCUAAAGAUCUUCAUUUUCUUUGCAGCGGCGCUUGAAUGCUUUGUUUUCUGCAACCUAAAACUGGCAUGGCUGCCCUGGAUCAAGCAGCUCAUUUCCACAUGUUAUCUGGGUUCCAUUUCCUGACCUACUGUGUGUGAUUGAAUGAACUUAAGAUUUCCAUUGGCUGUGCCAUUAAUAAAUGUGGGUUUUUUUUUUAAUUUACUUUGUCUAUAUUAAAGUGAUAAAAGCAAAAAUCAGUCAGACCUCAUCACCAUUUUAGCAUGAUUCAUCUAGAUUUCAUUACAUUAACUUCUGUUUUUCUUUUUGUAAAUGUAUGUACAUAUUUGUUUUUAAUAAUUUUUAAUUAGAUUUUGUAGAUAUUUUGUCAGUUCAUUUUCCAUUGAAUCUUACUGGUGUUAUUCUUUCAUUACCCAGAACCCUGAUUUUGAUUAUGUCUUUCACGACGUGUCCAUUUCCAUUGUGAUACAACUCUUCAUGCAAACAUUUCACCAUAUUCUUGCAAUACUAGCUGUAUAUAGGAUGAAGGGAGACCUGGUACUUUCUAGGUCAGACACGGUACAUGGAGAUGUCUUAAAUGGGUUGCUGUAUUUUAGAAUUAAACACAUUUUUCCCUUAUUGGAAAGUGUAAUGGGGACCCUCUGCAUACCUGUUUAGAACCAAAACCACCAGGACACAGUUUUUAUAGUGUCUGUAUAUUUGUGAUGCAAAUGGUCUUGUAAAGGUUUUUACUGAAAACUACCAUUAGCCAGUCUUUCUUACUGACAAUAAAUUAUUAAUAAAAUACUUUAGCUUUGUU